UUCCAUGGACUCUACCACAUCUGAUAGCAAUUGCGCUUUAAUGUCCACAACUUUCAAGGGCCUGAUUGCCCAAAACUUGAAUUGAAAAAUAUUCGAACGUUGCGUGCGGGAAAUGUCGCCUUUCUAAUGGCAAAGAAAGCAAGAAACAUCAGCAAAAGCCGACAGUGAGUCACUGUUAAGGAAGAUAACACAACCCCAUUAGCGUAUUUCUUUAUACAAAUGUAGGAAAACCAACAAGGAGAACAGUCGAACACACUAAAAUAUUGUCCAAAAUGCAACGCAGACCCAUAUAUAUUUAUGUGUGUAUCUGUGUUGUACCAAUCGCUAGGUGCCCAAUGUGCGUGGAGGCAAUCCAAAUCUAGUCUUUUUGACUCUGGUUUGAUUUUGUUGGCGUCCAAAUCAGGCUAGACACGUAAUUCCCGGAGCCAGCUUUCACGAACGUUGCUCCACCUCGCCAAUCACCUUGUCUACUUUCCCUUGGGAUCCAACUAUGAUACGAUUAUUGAAUGCUCAAGUGGAUUGAAUAUUCAGGCAUUUGGGCUCAGAAUCUGAUCUGGGUAUCACAGUUUUUGGUCAUUUUGCACUGUUUGUUCCCUUCUUUGCGACUUCUUGGCAGUUGAUCAGGUUCAUGGGCUCUAAUUCUCAUCGGGGUGCUGCAGUUAUUGGUAAAUUCGCCUUUGUAUAACAAAUGGUGAUGCUAGAUAGUCGGUUUUGAUAUCAAUCUGAUUUUGAGGAGAGGAACAUACCAUCAUUGAUAAUUGAGGGAAGAAAACAUGUCUGCUGGCCAUGGAGGAGGCUUCUGCCAUGAAGUGACUGAGUCUUGCAUUGCAUCCUCGGAUUCAGAUCCGGCAAGUUCCAGUGCAGAUUUAAGGAGUUCUGCUUACAAAAAAGCUGCCCCUGGUUUAGGUGGAAAUCCUGGAAGGUCAUCAAAUAAUGAUGUGUAUGAGCUACUUGAGUGUCCUGUUUGCAUGAAUUUAAUGAACCCUCCAAUAUACCAGUGUCCAAAUGGCCACACUCUAUGUUCAAACUGCAAGGCUAGAAUGCACAACUGUUGCCCCACAUGCCGCCAUGAGCUUGGAAAUAUAAGGUGCUUGGCUUUAGAGAAAGUGGCAGAGUCAAUAGAGCUCCCUUGCAAGUACCAAAUAUUGGGUUGUCACGAUAUAUUCCCAUAUUACAGCAAGCUCAAACAUGAGAAACACUGUAAAUAUCGUCCAUACAACUGCCCUUAUGCUGGGGCUGAAUGCUCUGUCACUGGUGAUAUCCCACUCCUUGUCAUGCAUCUCAAGAAGGAUCACAAGGUUGAUAUGCAAGAUGGAUGUACUUUCAGCCACAGAUAUGUGAAAUCCAAUCCUGAAGAAGUUGGAAAUGCUAUAUGGAUGUUAACUGUCUUCAAUUGCUUCGGCCGUCAGUUCUGCUUGCACUUUGAGGCUUUCCAUCUUGAAACGGCACCUGUUUACAUGGCCUUCCUGCGAUUCAUGGGUGAUGAAGAUGAGGCCAAGCAAUUUAGUUACAGUCUGGAAGUUGGUGGAAAUGGCAGGAAACUUACAUGGCAAGGCAUACCAAGGAGUAUCCGCGAUAGCCACAAAAAGGUAAGGGAUAGUCAAGAUGGAUUAAUUAUUCAGAGAAAUCUGGCACUCUUCUUUUCUGGAAGCAAUAGUAGGCAGGAGUUGAAGCUGAAAGUCACUGGCCGUAUAUGGAAAGAGCAAUGAGAUAUUAUAGAAACAACUUUAAAAGGCUGAAGUUGGAAAAUAAGCUGGUAGAUAAAUUCGUUUAUUACACUGUAAAUGGGUAGAUUCUGUGUUUCUUGUUAAAUUGUUAUCAAUUAAUUUACAAUGUAGGAAGGCAAGGCAUCUUUCCUUGUUUGAUGACUUUAAUGUUUGAUGGUCUUUCAAAUUUA